UGUGGACGGAAGGGGUGGACUAGUGAUAAACGCCCUUGCUCGUUCCCCACGUUUCGGGUGUCUCGUCUAUCCCAAUUGCGUAGAUCGAUGAUAAUGCUGUUGAUCACUGGAUUGUCUGGUACAGACUCGAAUAUUUACAGAUCGCCGCGAUUCAGCUGGAAUAUUGUUGUGUGCGGAGUAAAACAAACAAUCAAAACUGUGUCAGUAACACUGUUUUGAUAUGGACCAGACGUGAGCCCAAGAUAUGUUCCGUCAGCUUUCGUGGCAUGUCUGUUCUCGCCCCUUUCUGAAGGCGACACGCUAGCCGCUCGCUCAAACGCAACCAAAAUGGCGUCAGCCUACAACUUCCUUGUUGGAGCAUGAUGAGGUUCAUCCAAGAUGGUGAGAAUAAAAACUACACAGUCUCCCAUGUCUAGUGAUCAGGAGAAGUUGACAGGUUAAUGCUGUCCAUCAUUAAUUACAUGUCCUUCAAUUCACCAAGAAGACUUGAAGGUCACAACACAUCAAAGGUCAAGGUUGUUUAAAGAUCAAGGUCACGCUGAAAAGUCAACCUUGAGCUUAAAGGCCACCAUGGUGGAAGAAAUACCCUUCCGAUGUUUGCCAUACUCUGCUUGGCAGGAACUUACAGUGAAAUUAGAGCCAACUGUAAUGCUUGGUUCGGACUGGCGAAAUUUAGCAGAGAAACUGGGGUACAAUGCAGAACAUGUUGGGUUCCUUGAGUCUCGCCGUCAAGACAAGCCAUGCACGCUGCUGCUGCUGGGAGAGUAUGUGAAGAAGGAGUCGGCCACGGUGGAGAAGUUUAAGGCGGCGCUGGAGGAGAUUUCAAGACCUGAUGCUCUGGUGGUGCUGAACAAUCACAUGCAGGAGGCUGAAGAAAUGUAUAAAAAUGAAAAGAAUACUAUUCGACCGUCUCCUCGCACCCCUGAAGAAGUCACCUACAGCUGGUCAUCAAACUGUCCACCUUAUGUGUAUUCAUACCCGGCCAUGGUGAACUCCAUGCCGUAUUGCCCAACCACUGCCUGCCACGUCCACCCAUCUCCACCCUGCAGACACAACUCCAUCCCCGAGCCGCGGCCCCACUUGUGUAAUGGCUACCCUAGUCAGAACGGAAGCAUACCCUAUAUCAUGCAGCGUGGUGUGCAGGGUCAUCCUUACUUCAGCGGUGAAUACACCCCACCCCAGCACAAUGGCUGCCAGGAGAGCAUGAUGGUCCAUGAGGAUCCUGCAGGACCAGGGGAAAUGAUAUCAGUCGAUGAUAUCGACAUGGAGGAAGACAAUCAUCGUCGGGAGGAUCCCGCACCUUUGCCGCAGACCAUCAUGAGGGGAGAUAACCAGUUGUCAUCUUUCACUCAUUCACAGUCCAUGGGGCAGCCAACUGCUAUCGAUGUAGCUCGUGAAGAAGAAGUUGAAACUUCAGGGCAUAAUGCCGACUACAUUGCGUACAAUCACGUCAGAGAAAGGCAUGGGCGACCGGGGUAUUAUGGCCAGGAUAUGGUCCCCAAACAGCCUAUGUCGUCCUCCAACAGACCUUACAUCAUCAAAGGCACCCUCGUCAACAUGAACAAUCAUCAAAUGAUGCAUGAUGCUGGUUUGCGGAAGGUGUCCUCACCACCCAUUUCCAAGCUGCAGCAGUUGGCAAAAAUACCGCCUUGCUACCAGCCAAAUCAGGAAUACAAGAAGAUUGUUGCCGAUCAGAAGGUGGAAGAUGAGCGGAUGGGAAGGCCUCGACAGUUCAAAGAAGAGAAGAUGGAUGCUCCAAGCUGUAGUGGUCAUGAUAAUCAGAACUUCACAGACCUGAAGAAAAUGCAAUCGCGGACUAAGAAUGGAGUGAGAGAGACGCCCAAGACGUUUCCCCGGGUUAAGACUCCCACCACAGGGACUGUGGUCAGUAACCUACAGCAGCUGAACCAGUCAAACACACUCACCAAGUCCACUUCCAUGCCAGUAGAUAUGAAACCGGCCGAGUUCAGGAAAGCCUUCCGUCAUAUCAAGGUGUUUGUGACAUACUCCAAUGACAACAAGACGCACCUCUGCCAUGUUCUGUCUCUGUGUAACUGCAUGGUGAAGAAUGGGUUCUCAGUCUGCGUGGACAUCAACAGCCGCUACGUCUCCACACUCCCCAAUCAGCACGACAAGGUCAACUGGUACCAUGAAAAGUUUAAUGAGUCUGACUUCAUCCUAGUGUGUCCGUCUGCUAAAUAUAAGUCAGAGAUUGAGGCGCAGGAACAGUGCAAGAAUGGGAUGAUGCCCGAGAGCCAGCUCCACACCCGCUACAUUUACUCACAGAUGCUUAAAGAGUACAGAGACCAGGCCAAGAACACCAGGUUCGUCCCAGUGCUGUUCCAGAGCUCUGAUGAGCAGUACCUUCCAUCAUGGCUACAGAGGACACUCAAAUACACUUGGCCAAGUCAGUACAAGGAUCUGUUGUGGAUGCUUACUGGCCCCGAAGACCGAAUUAAACCGAAACCUAAGUUGUUCUCUGAAUCCAUCAGCCAGUCAAAUUCACCGACACAUGAAAGCGAGCACUGAGCUGAUUCUCAAGCCCUUGACAAAGUGUUGAUAAUCAAUAUCCCAAAUGAUGACUCUUGUGUUUUGGUCUGGCAUCAAGAUGGAUAUUACCUCACCCUCAUUGUGGACUAGGAUUGAGCCAAUUUGUCAACUGUUGGAAAUAUGAUUCAAGCUAUUCAAACAUCACUUUGAGUGCUAACUCGGAUUCUAUGACAGAUAUCAGUGUAUUUGUUAAAUACCAUAAACCGGCAGAGACAGUGUCAGUGUGACAAUAUGACAACAAUUAGACCUGGGCUGUGAGCCAGAAUGUAAAGCAUGGCCUCCUUAAAGAUUGUGAUCACUGACUGACCAGUGAGGCUUUUCAGUUUGAGGCAGGGGAGAUUCCACCAAACAUUGACCAACAAAAGCUCGUAAAAGGUUUGAGAGCACAAGAGCUGUUCAAGCAAACUGAGGCUUCUCUUCAGUUUUAGAGGAAUGGGAGAUGUUCCUCCGGACACAAACUGACGUUCAGUUUAAGAAACAGGACAUGUUUGAUUAAACACUAAGCUGUUAGACACCUCAGAUUGAAGACAGGGGACAUGUACCAACUAAGGGAGACAGGUUGGCAUGAUGGUUUUGUGGGACAGUCAUGAUAACGAAAGUGCUCCUCCAAACACAAUGUGUUCCUCUUUCAGAAAUACACCUUUGGGACUAAACUUAGAUCCAAAGGGAAGGUGAAGGGAUGUGCAACCUGUUGUUUCUGAUACCUACAUUUUAACCCUACCCAUGACAAAGUCACUUUGUGACUUAAGAAUCAUAAGCACCCCUCUUGUUUUCAAAUUCUGGGUUUGCCUGGAGUAAGUGUUUUGGUGUGGGAGCCAUGUAGCAGAAGAUCAACAACAUGGCUCCCUGGACUUUACACACUGUAUUCUAAAGGAUGCUUUGUUUGUGUGGGAGCUCCCUUGUGAGAAGAUUGUGAUGGAUGUUACUUCAAGAUUCUGUCAACAAAUUGCUAGUGUUCAUGUUGAUUUGGCAAUGGGACAAUGUCAUGUUUUCCAGAACUGUCUCGAUGGAGAUACAGACCUGUGACUUCUGUUUAAUUGCUUUCAGAUCCUGUAAAUUAGUACUGGAGCUGUUUAUGUGUAUAUCUAGUUUGUAAAAUAAGCAGGUGAUAAUUAUCUGGGAAAUGUGUCGACGAGAAUGACAAGCCAAACAUGUCGUUAUCCAGUACGUCUGCUCGCCAUAUUUAUCUCAUAUUUCCAACAGAAUGAGGCUGGCAUUAGCUACACCGAUAUCAAGUCCAAUAUAAGGCCUUGCUUACAUUAUUACUUUACAUGCAAAUUUUGAAUAAACAUUCAUGUUUAUUACCUUUGACAUUAGGAAAGACAAAUAAAUACAUUUCAAAUAUUAAUUAUUUUUUUUAAAAUCUCAAUUUGUCAUUCGAGGAUGCUUCGUUUGGAAUAUAGAUAAUUCCCUGAUUCAUGUCCGAAAGUAAUUGUGAUACUUUAACUGAGACAUUUUGAAUUAAUAUGUUAUAAGCUUUUAAAUUUUCUGUCUUAUUCAUCUUCUCAUCACUGCCAACAGCUGUCUGUGCUAUUCUAUUUCUGCUCCAAUAUUAGUAUGUAGGUAGUUCAGGAAAUGUUCUUGUGAAUUUGUAUGAAUUAGGGAAUUUAGUUAAAAUUUUCAAUUAAUUAAAUGCGUAAAAAUCCUGCUAUUUUCUUUGCUGUCAUGAAGAUGUUUAUAAUGCCUGACACCUACCACAUUCAAAUUGCUCACAUUUUUGUUUCAUGUAAGUUAAACAGGCUUAAAAAUAGGAUAAUAAGAUGACUCAGUGAUUGGUUACAGAUAUUUAUAACAGAUUGUACGUUCUCACGGUCCUGAUCCAUUUUCCCUUUCACCCUGCUAUUUAAUGCUAAAACACUAGAUGAUGCAAGUGUAGAUAUACUACAGGUUCUGAAAGUCAAUGGGGCUCCUUUUUAAUUUAAAUAUAGUUGCUUGUUUGUAACAAAAUUAUAUAUUUAUGUAAGUAUAUAUUUUGUAUAUGUUCAAAGACAAAGCUUUGUCGAAUAGAUAUGAUGUGAUAAACAAGGAUGCUGAAGUUAAACAACA